AUGGGUGAGGACGAUGGCAUGAUGCUUUUGAACCUUGACACCAAUGUUGGUGAGGAUUCGACUCCGAGAAAAGUCAAAGUAAGCGGGGGAAAGUGGAAGGAUAGAAGAAGAGCGAACAAACAGUUCAACAGCUCACAUCAUGGGGAUGGAGAUGGCCAGGAGGUGCAGCAAGGGAUGCUCAAGCGGGCUCGAGAUGCCAGUCGCGCCAGUGGUGCAAACAGUGUGCGGAAAAUCGCGAGAACUGAUGGAAAAGAUGGAAGGAGCACCAAGAGUAGCAGCAGUAGUAACGCUAACAGCCGCAAAGAUAAUGCUAAUAACAGCUCUAACAGCAAUACUGGCACGCAGUUUGUGUCGUCGCUGUUCACUUCUAAUCGGGAAAUAACCACUUCGGUAAACAGCAAUGCCCACGAUGAUAAGGUUGAAGUCAGUCCAUCUAAUGCCCCGCUGCUACAAGAUUCGUUUGAAGCUCUAGGAAUUACUUCACCGAUUCUACAACACCUAAACGACAAAAUGCGGAUUUCAAAACCAACCCGUGUGCAGAAACUCAGUAUCCCCACGCUGAUUGCAGCUCAAAACGAUGUUUUCGUUCACGCACAAACCGGUUCUGGUAAGACGCUGGCGUUCUUGCUGCCUAUUCUUACUCGUAUUUUGGGGAUGAAAGCACAUGUUGAUCGCCAGUCGGGCUGUUUCGCGAUGAUCAUCACGCCAACCCGAGAACUAGCAUCUCAGAUUUACUCGGUCGUGCUGACCUUGACACAAUGUUGUCAUUAUUUGGUUCCCUGUUUGCUCAUUGGUGGUGAACGUAAGAAAGCGGAGAAAGCAAGACUUCGCAAAGGUUGCAAUUUUAUAGUCGGCACUCCAGGACGUAUCCUGGAUCAUUUGCAAAACACUCGGGUCAUCCGAGAACAACUUGCUUCUACCUUGAGGUACUUGAUUUUAGAUGAAGGUGACAAAUUGAUGGAGUUGGGUUUUGAAGAAACGAUUUCUGAUAUUAUCAAGCUGCUGCACGAAAUUCCUCCGGAUCACUCCAAGUAUCCAGGACUCCCUAGGCGAAUCGUACAUACAUUGUGCAGUGCUACUCUAAAGGGUAGUGUUAGCAAGCUCGGUAAUGUCGUUCUUAAAGACUACAAAUUGAUAAGUAGCGGCCAAAAGCAGCAAGAAGUGAACACUGUUCCUGAUCAGUUGCUUCAAAGUAUCACAAUUGUCCCACCAAAACUGCGAUUGGUGACUCUAUCUGCUCACCUCAGUAAUUUAACGGCAACGCAUAUCUCUUCUGGUAGUAAAGACACCAUGCGUACCAUCAUUUUCCUGUCGUGUUCCGAUAGUGUUGAGUUUCAUUACGAUGUGUUUUCUGCUGACGGGGGGAAAAGUCGAAGCCUGGUAGGUGACUCUGUUCGUGCGCUGUCAGGUAACUCUACCUCGCUACCUUGUCUAUCUCAGGUCACUGCGCCUUCGGUGGUGUGCUAUAAACUGCAUGGCUCGCUAUCUCAGCAGAUUCGUACGGCAACCCUUCACAACUUCACAAAUGAGACAGAUGCAACUCGCGGGAAGCACUUGAUUAUGUUUUGUACAGAUGUCGCGAGUAGAGGUCUAGAUUUACCUCGCGUGAGUUCCGUCAUCGAGCUUGACCCUCCGUUUGCCGUUGAAGACCAUUUACACAGGAUUGGGCGGACAGCUCGUGCCGGUGUGAGUGGAGAAUCGCUGCUAUUCCUGCUACCGGGCGAAGAAGAAGGUUAUAUGGAUCACAUCAAACCUUAUCAUCCUAAAGGCUGGAAACUGUUGAAGUUUGACACUGAAAUACUGAAAGUUGCUUUUGCAGAUUCUAGUGUGUUAAGGAACGAUAAAAAGGAUGAGAGAGAAGUUUCGGCAGAGUGGGAUAACAAUGCCACGACUUGGCAUCUCAACGUAGAGAGGAGAGUUCUCGAGGACCAAGCUUUCAAGGAUGUCGCCGUGAAGGGUUACAUUAGUCACAUUAGAGCCUACGCCACUCAUCUGUCCACUGAGAAGAAAUUCUUCAACAUCAAGUGUUUGCAUUUAGGCCAUUUGGCCAAAAGUUUCGCUCUUAGAGAAAGACCAAAAGCUAUGGGCAAUUCGAGUGUCAAAAAUAAUAAUAGUGAGAAUGCUGUCAAGAAACCUAAGGAGGACGCCAAGUCAAAAAUGCUGCGUAUGGCCAACUUGGCACUGCGUCAAAGCCAAAGUGAAUUCAACUAUUAA